UUUUUUCUUCUUCAUCGUUUCUGUAUUCAGGGUUUUUUUUUUUUUUUGGUUUGGUUUGGUUUUUUUUUUUUUUAAUUCUUUCAUAACCCUGUUGGGUGUUUUUUUUAAACCAAAUUAACAUGGCUCGAAUGAACCGCCCUGCUCCUGUGGAAGUCACAUACAAGAACAUGAGAUUUCUUAUUACACACAAUCCAACCAAUGCGACCUUAAACAAAUUUAUAGAGGAACUUAAGAAGUAUGGAGUCACCACAAUCGUACGAGUAUGUGAAGCAACUUACGACACUACUCUUGUGGAGAAAGAAGGCAUUCAUGUUCUUGACUGGCCCUUUGAUGAUGGUGCACCACCAUCCAACCAGAUUGUUGAUGAUUGGCUAAGUCUUGUGAAGAUUAAGUUUCGUGAAGAACCUGGUUGCUGUAUAGCUGUGCAUUGUGUUGCAGGCCUUGGCAGGGCUCCAGUGCUUGUUGCCCUAGCAUUAAUUGAAGGUGGAAUGAAAUAUGAAGAUGCAGUACAAUUCAUAAGACAAAAGCGGCGUGGAGCUUUUAACAGCAAGCAACUUUUGUAUCUGGAGAAGUACCGUCCUAAAAUGCGGCUGCGCUUCAAGGAUUCCAAUGGUCAUAGAAACAACUGUUGUAUUCAAUAAAACUGGGGUGCCUGAUGCCAUUGCCUUGGAAGUGGAACUUCAAAUGGAACCUAAUUUUUCUGUCACACAUAAUUAGCCAAUGUGUCAACUUAUGGAAUAAGUGAACUGAAGCUUCCACAGGAAAACCAGUUUUACCAGGCCACAGCUUGACAGAAUUGCAACCUCUGUAUUUGGGUUAUGAUCAACCUUUUUGGACACUUGGCAAAAGAUUUUUUGCUGGUCAGCAUUUAAAAUGUGCUUAUUAUUUGUACCAGUUGACUUUUCCUAAAAAGGUAUUGAGUUGUCAUUAAAUGUACUCCUGUGCCAGAACAUAAUUAGUAUAUAGGGAGUUUUAGAAAGAUUAGGUGCCAAAAUACCCAGCACAAUACUUGUAUAUUUUUAGCGUCAUACAGAACCAAAAUUCCAGGAACUAAGAACACUCUAGACCUUCCAUGGUUUAUUCCUUCCGUCAUUUCAAACACUGCAGGGCUUCUCUUGUUGUCUGCCUGCUCACGCUAUGUUUACAUCUCCCACACUGACACCAGUAUAGUCAGGUUUGCCUAGCCAUUUUUUUUUUUUUUUUAAACCAAGUCUUGUGCUGAUUAUUUAAUGUCUUUCUAUGUCUUUUGUGCUGUUUUGGAAAACCUCCAUUUGAAAAUCAACUUUGUUACAGAAGCACAUCUUCAAUAAUGUCUCCAGACAAAAAGCCUUAUAGUUAAUUUAAUUUUGCACUCAGAGGUGCAACUUAACAGGGAGGGCCUGCAAACAGAAUGAGAGGAGGCUAUUCAAUAUUUUUAGUAAUAUGUUGCCUUUGUCUUGUGCAGAACAUGUAGAAUAUGCUCUUUAAUUUAGUAAAUAUUUUAAGAGGUAGAGAUACAUUGUUGUAGCUAACCAAUUCUUAAUCAAAAUUUCUGAAAUUCUUGUUUUUUUUCAUACCUAUCAGAAGUUUUCCAACUUGUUUGAAUUAUGGUUUUCUCCUUCUCUCCCCAACUUCUCUUGCAAAAAAAGAAAACGUGGGAUCUGCUAAUGAACUUGAGCAGACAUUUUAUAUGCCUUUUGAGCUAUGUAACUUAAUAAUUGGAUACUUGAUCAUUUGUUUUAUUAUGUAAUCGAUAAAUGGUGAUGUGUAUUAAUGUUAGUUCAUCCAUAUAUUUAUACUGUCUGGGAAUGUGUGGUUAUAGUUCUGUGGGAGAAAUAAUUUGUCAGUGUUCACCAGCUUGUAAAAACUUAGUGCGAGAGCUUCAACAUCUAAAUAAAUGAUGAAAUGCAUUUGUCACUGAGGUCAUUUUGCUUAAAAUUAACUUAUUUUGUAGAAAACAGUGGAUUCAGUUGCUAUCAUUUCAUUUUCUGGACAAAUUUGUUAGGGUUAUGAGCACACUUGAAUACCAAGUGCUUUUUAAUUCAGUUCCAUCAGUUUUCUGUCGUUUCCAACCCUGCUUUCUCGUUUUUAAGUUCAUUACAUGCCUGUGUAUAUUCUGAAAUUAGUUUGAACCUGAGUAUUUGGCACAUGGUGGCUUAAUAAAUUUUAACUUUCAUUAAUCUGAAA